CAUCCAUUAAAAAGUAAACUGUCAUCUUCCUUCACCGGCCGAAAGAAAAUAAUCCCACAUGGUCGUUAAUUUUUCGUGAGUUUAUUAAAAACAAGCUGAAAAUGUCUACUUUGUUGGAAGUGUUAGUCACAGCAGAUUCCAACAAUUCAUUAUGGACAACCUGCGUAUGGGACCACCACACAGGCACGAGUUUGAUGACCUAUAAAGGCGGCGGAACAGCUGAAACGAGAACAGUUUCAUUUAUCGGUAAUGACUACAUUGCAGCCGUAGAAAGGAUUAAACCAGUAUUACAUGUGUGGCCACUAAAUUCGCAGCAGACAGUCCAAGGCAUGCGUUUCAUUCUGCCCGGGAAAGCUGGGGCUUUGGCAAUCUCUAAAGACGGAGCAUACAUUUUGGCUGGCAUCGAUGAGAAAAUUUAUCUAUGGCAGACCUUCUCGGGCAGUCUCCUGACUAUUAUUAGCAGACAUUAUCAAAAAAUUGUCCUUUUGAAGUUUACACCUGAUGGAAAGUACUUCGUGUCGGCAGCUGAAGAUGGCAUGGUUAUGGUCUGGUCACUCGUAACUGUAGCGGCUCACCCUGAAGUGGAGCUUGUAACCCAGACAACUGCCGGGCAGCACGACCCAGUAUACAUAUUCUCUGACCAUUCCUUACCAGUUUCGGACAUGUGUAUAAGUAAAACAGGCAUGCAUGGACGCCUAGCAACUGUAUCAAGUGAUAGAACAUGCAAAAUCUAUGACCUAACUUCUGGAGAGAUGUUAUUGAACAUAAUAUUUGAUGUACCACUAUCAGCUAUAGUUAUGGAUGUAUUAGAGUUGAAUGUCUUCAUUGGAUCGACUGAAGGAAAGAUUUAUCAGUUCAGUUUAACAAAUCCUCCCCGAAACAGAGAUUUUUUGGUUAACACAGAAGCUAAUUGUCCUACUUUUAAUAGCCACACUAAGGCUGUCACCUGUUUGUCUGUUUCUCUUGAUGGAGAAACAUUAAUGUCAGGUUCUAAUGAUGAACAGGUUAUUCUAUGGCACAUCCAUAGCAAGCAGAUUGUAAGAACCAUCAAACAUAAAGGACCAAUCACCAAUGCAUUUUUCACUGUCAAUUACCCUGCUAUUUUUAAGCAAAACUUUACACCUAGCCUUGUUUUGCACAGCUUAGAUAGGACUUUAGAGAAUGAUAAUGAAGAAGUUGCAGAAUUGGAGAUUCUUGUCAAUAAAAAGAUAUCAUUUUGGCCAGAUUCUGUACAAAAUGGCUUUGAUGCUAGUCAACCAUCUAACGAAUUGGAAAAUGAAUUCAAGUUGAAAGAACUUAGUCUGAAGGAAGAAAUGCAGAAAUUAAAAACUAUAAAUGCAAAUCUUUAUGCUUUUUCAAUUAAUAAAGCUCUUAGUUCCGUAACAGAGUCUAAUGCAAAUGUAACCAAUAGUAAUAAGAAAAAGAGAAAAAUGAAGAACUGAAUAAAUAUCAUUGUCUAACAAA